UGAAUUUCUCACGACCGCAUGCGACUUCAGACCUCGCGGUCCAACGCGCUCGUGACGCGAACGGUCGCGCCCUGGCGCGCAUAAGCGACAGCCCGCGCGAAGCCUGCGCUCACAACAAUCCAUUACCAUACUUACAUACGCUGCAAACCAGCAUAUAACAACCAAAAUGGCGACGCUGGGCCUCUCAACGCCGCUGGCCCGCAACACCCGCACGCCAACGCCUGCCGCUGCUGGGCGCUCCGCUCUCUCGCUCUCAGUCGCCGUCGCGCCGCAGCCUCGCCGCACUCAUCGCCGCUGCGUGCGCUUGCUCGCACAACCUGGCAACGCCCCCGGCAGCGCCGGCAGCGGCCCUGGCGAGUCGCCGAUGAGCACAUCGGUCUUCGCGGCGACAUCCCGCCCCGACAUUGCCACCUCUACCACCAACACCUCAAGCACCAACACCAACACCGGCGCAUCGCCGCUCAGCAGCGCCAGCAGCACCACCACCACCACCAGCACCACCAGCAGCACUCGCCCUCGCUCGCGCCGCGAAAUCCUGCAAGAGCUGCUGUCGCGUGCCAAUGCCCCCGGCGCCGUGAAUGUGUACGGCAAGCCAUUCACCAAGUCCGAGCUGACCGCGCUGCAGGUCCUGGUGGAUCACCUCCUCAGCGGCAGCGGCAGUAGCAAGGGCAAGGCGGCGGCGGCUGCAGCCAACGCGGCGGCGGAGGUGGCGGGGGGCCUGAUGAUGUCCAACGCCGCCGCCGGCGCCACCACUUCCGCCGCGCCCUCCGUAACGGCGGUGGCGGCGACGCUGGCGGCGGCGGCGGCGGCGGAUGGUGACGGUGCCGCCGCCGCCGCCAUGGCUGCUUUUACUGAGGACGAGGAGGAUGGCGGCGGCGGCGGUGAUGCGCAGGCAGCUCUGGAGGGCUACCUGAUGCGGCUGCUGACGGAGGCGGCGCUGGCCAGGUCGCUCCCCCUGCCGCGGGUGGAGGGAGCGCUGGUGGCGCUGGAGCUGAUGGCGGCGGGGGAGCGAGGCGUUCCGCACCGACGGCGUCGUCGCCGCCACGCGCAGCCGCCUGGGGGGACUGAUCCUGAUGCUCGAGGUGGGCGCGCGGGAGGCCUGGAGGCAGAGGCAGCAGCAGCAGCAGGCGCGGCUGUAACGGCGGCAGUGGCAGUAGCAGCAGCUGUGACGGCGGCAGUGGCAGUAGCAGUGGUGGCGGCUGUGGGAGAAGCGGCGUCAGUGUCAGGAGAGGAGCAGCGGCGGCAGUAGCAGGCGUCGGUAGUGGUAACAGGUGGCAGUAGCAGCAGCUGGUGGCGGUAGCUGGUGGCGGUAGCUGGUGGCAGUAGCAGUAGCAGCCGUUGACCGCAGGUGUAUAGUAGCAAAACGUUGUGCGUGCACAUGCAUGGCUUAUUACAUGGGAAUGCAGAUUGACAUAGCAGCAGCACGAUCGCAUCACUUGUGCGUCUGGCUGUGGCUGUGUACGGACAUUAUGCGUGGAUUCGAAAGGACUGCAUGAACGAAGCUGGCGGAAUGUGGCGUGGCGGCAGCAUGAGCAGGACUAGCAGGGCAGGUGUGGGUGUGGCUACGGACACAAGUGGGCGUGAAAGGGCUGAAUAAAUUAAGCAGGCAAUGGAAGAACGCGGAAGCGGAGAGCUGGAAAGGCAGGUGUGUUAGUAAAGGGCCUGUGUAGUGUCUGCCUGUGAAUGCGAAAGCUACAAAACAACGGCUGCAAACACGCAACCCUGCAAGUCCGCACCGAGCUCCGC